CCAUCCCCUCGCUGAAGUGUCCCGGAUACCAUACGUAUAUAUAGAGCCAGGCCUGAUCCUGCGCGCUCUGAGUUUCCUCCAACAAACCCUCGCUUCUCCCACUCGCAUACCGAAAUCCAUCUUCGGAAGAUCUUCCCUUCGGCUACUUCCAGUAUUUACGUCCGAAAGCUUCAUUCUCCGCCCAGCGUUCCUCCUUCGUAUCCUUCGAAUCUGCUUGCGCUGCGUUCCUACUCGUUCGUCGCCCAUCCUGCAUCGCACAUUCAGUAGCUCCUCUUGUAUCCUUCGUCGUCGCCCAUACCUGCAACCGGCGGACCUCAGCAAUCGACACACAUCCUUCACAAUAACACAACCCAUCGCACGUCUUCAACCAUAUCGUCAUAUUCGCUCAUGCAAGCCGCUCAAGAUUCCAUGGAUCCCAUGACCCCCGCCUACGAAAACGGCCCAUACCCAAUGGAAACCGAGUCCCCAUCAGUCGCUCCAGUAGACUCCUCCAGGACCUACGACGGCCCCGAUCUCGCGAACGCCCCCCGCAAAGAUUCCACAACCUCCUCCAACGGCUCGGCAACCGAGUCCGAUUCCUUGUUCCAAGACCAAAAGUUCGUUACAUCCUCGUCUCCGCAGCAAUCAUCAUCAUCGGUCCUCAAGGCGAUACCAACUUACUUGCAAAAGAAGCCCAUUCCGAUGCGGAGCGACUCUGACGCACUUCUCGAAAAGUCGUUGGGGCCUCCGCUGUUCUUCUUUGCCGAGAUGGACGCGUCGGUGUAUAACAGUUUUUGCGAACUGCUUGAUCAGACGGAGCCGACGAUCGGUCAGCUGCACAUGAACCCGGAGGUUACGGAGGGUGCUAAGUACCUGUGCAUGGUUACGGAUAUGGUGUGGGCCGGGUUCCUGUACAAGUUCGUACUUGACUACAACUUGACGUUUGGGGAGGGCGAGCAAGUUGUUAAGUGGCAUGGACGUAGCCCACCUGUAAGUCUCCCAUUGCCUCAUGCUCUCAACUUUCCGAAUAAGAAUCUUCGUCUCAUGUCGUUUUCUUCUCCUCUAGAUCAUGGUGCCUCCUCAAAAUUUGCCCGAUGCCCAGAAGCUCUACGCAUCCUCAAACUUCCGGUUAACAACCAUCCCCCAAGUCUCCCGCGCCGUGUCGUAAACCGUCGCAUGAUAUCCCGCUCCGGUCGAUCAACCCGAGCACAAGCAUACCUUCAUCUGAGUCGAUACGAAUCUGCUCAUCGCGACCAAGAACAACACCUCCCAUGUCGCCGGAUACUCGUGUCCUUGCGCCGCAAGUUCCUCAACAGCGACAAAUCUGUGUAUAAGGCGGAGAACGGGGGCGCACAACGUUGCGAUGUGAGCUAGUCCUCCCAACUACACUUUCCCCAUCGCAACCCACCUCCGAUAUUGGAAA